GGGUGGAAGCUGCGACCUGCCAGCUGUCUACGACCUUCAUCUAGAGCACUUCGUCUGACCAUGGCACCGUAUCUUGAAACCGUUAAGUCGUUCGCAGAUGUCCCGAUCACCGACGCUGGCGUCGACACUGUUGCAUUUCUAGAGGCUGCACAGGGCGUGGUUGGGCUGUUUGACCUACUCGGUUCGGCUGCCUUUACGCCCGUACAAGCCGACUUGAAGGGCAACAUCAUUAAAGUUCGCGCAAGAUAUAACGCCCAUCCUGAGCUCUCGACUACUCUCGAACAGCUGGUAGAGAAUGAGAAGAAUGAGAAGAAACGUGUCGCAACCGAAGGAUUGCUCUGGUUGCUCCGUGGCCUUUCCUUCACUUGCAAAGCCCUCCAGAUCGCGCAGGCUAAUCACACGGAGGAACUUGCCUCUGCGUUUGGCAAGUCAUAUGAGUCGACCUUAAAGAAGUUCCAUAACUUCGUCGUUAAGGGAAUCUUUGCAGUAGCAAUGAAGGCGUGCCCGUACAAGGCGGACUUCUAUGCCAAACUUGCUGCCGACCCUGCUGGCGGACCUCCGAUUUCCCAGGACAAGCUGAACGAGGAACUCAAUACGUGGCUGGCUGCACUUGAUGCUAUUGUUACGAGAAUGCAAACAUUCUAUGAGACUGGCGGACAUAACAAAGGAUUAUAAAUUAGCAAGUAAUAUUACCAACAUACAUACCCAUGAAGAAGUUGCUUCAUAGCUUUUGAACAAACUUGCGGGUGCCGUAUGGCAAAAUUCAGUCAUUGACGUAACGUGCAGAUAAUUCAAUGUCAUGCCGACUUGACUUAGUGUUUCUCGAAGUUCAUCAUGUGGACUGGGGAUGCAGUAGUAAGGGAGUAACAUGGCUAGUAUUGUAUUGCAUGCAUGUACCACAUACCAGGACCCGGCUUAAUGGAGUUUGCCAAGAAGUU